AUAUCGUAAAGCAGAAGCCAUUUCUCGCAUAAAUUCCAUUCUUUUUUCAUCUCUCAGAUCUACAAAUACUGUUCUUCUGGCGGCGAAGAAUCAGUGAAAAACAAAUAAAAAAUAAAAAUAAAAACAGGUGGGAAUGGUGACUAUCAACGGGGCAUCGUUGCGAAACUUCGUGAACGACGAAGAGGCCUACAACAAGGCCGCAGACGAGAGGUUCACGGCGCUGGACCUCAACGGCGACGGCGUCCUGUCGCGCGCGGAGCUGCGGAAGGAGUUCGAGGCGUUCCGUCCCGUCGGAACUCACUUCGGCGUCGAGGCCGCCCAUCCGCCGGAGGAGCUGCCCAAGCUCUACGACAACAUAUUCGAGAAGUUCGAUUUAGAUCAGAGUGGCAGCGUGGACCGUGACGAGUUCAAGAGCGAGAUGAAGAAGAUCUUGCUGGCCAUCGCCGAUGGACUCGGAUCGGCGUCGAUCCAGAUGGAGAGCGACGGCAAUAAUAGCUUACUCACACAAGCCGCCCAGUUCUCCGGCUGAACAUGGAACCGUAAAAUAACUCCGAUCCGAUCCGGCCGUUUAGUUUAUUCGGCCAAUAAUUUACUAAUUUUAAUGUCGUGUUUAAUAAGUUUUGGUUAUCCAUUACUGCAACUAAUUAGAGUUAUGGUGCAAGUUUGAUUACAGAAACUUGUCAUUCAAUUCAUUCGUGGUAUGUUAG